AUGCCUGUUCAUAUCAAUCUAUUUAUAUAUCUCGGUUUAUCAUUAUCUAUCUAUCUAUCUAUCUAUCUAUCUAUCUAUGCUUGCCUGUUGAUAUCUAUCUAUCUAUCUAUCUAUCUAUAUGUCGGUUUCUUUCUAGCUAGCUGUAUCUGUGUGUUAACCUGUGCUUGUCUAUGUGUGCGUGCGAAUAUUGAGGCGUUUAAUGUAUGUGUGAAAUGCUCUGGCGAUAUGAGACAUUUCUUUUGUUACUCUGUCGAGUUUAAAUGGGAAUUUCUUUUUAUAGUCCGUUCUCAUUAUCUCCCCCAUGUUCGGAAUACAAUUCCAAACGUCUUCAAACAUCUCCGUGUUGUGUGCUUACGCAGAAAACCGUGUACAACGCAUUUGUUUCCACGACGCUCUUCUUCUUUUUCCUCUUCUCUUUAUUCUGUCCCGUGUCGAUAUGAUCUUCAUCACAUUCGUCCGUCUCGCUCGACAUAUGUACAUAUGUGUCCCUAUAUGUUUUAG